AUGUCACUCAAUAUCCCCAACGCCCCCAACGCGGGCUUAUUCAAGCAAGGUUACAACAACUACGACUCCGAAGAUGGUGCUGUACUUCGCAAUAUCGACGCCUGCAGAGCGAUUGCGUCCACGGUUCAGACCUCGCUUGGCCCCUAUGGCCGCAACAAGAUUGUCAUCAACCAUUUGCAAAAAAUGAUUCUUACAUCUGACGCUGCGACCAUCCUACGCGAACUCGACGUUGUCCACCCCGCAGCCAAACUCCUCGUCAUGGCUAGUCAGCAACAAGAAGCCGAGAUGGGCGAUGCCACCAACCUUGUCAUUGUCCUCGCUGGCGAGCUGCUUCGAAAGGCGGAGGAUCUGCUGCGCAUGGGCCUCAAGACAUCAGAUAUCGUCAUCGGUUACGAGAAGGCCCAGAAGUUUGCUCUUGAGACCCUUGAAGAGCUGGCUGUUGACAAAGUGGAGGAUAUGCGGGAUCAGGAAGAGCUGAGCAAGGCCAUCAGCACGGUUAUUGCCAGCAAGCAAAACGGAAACGAGGCAUUCCUUGCCGAUCUUGUUGCCGAGGCUGUUCUCAAUGUUCUCCCCAAGAACCCUGCCAACUUCAAUGUCGACAAUAUCCGCGUGGUCAAGAUCAUGGGUGGAAGCCUGGAGCAGAGCAGAGUUGUCAAGGGCAUGGUUUUCCCUAAGGAGCCUGACGGUUCGGUCAAAAAGGCCAGCCGCGCCAAGGUUGGUGUCUUCACCUGUCCGAUCGACGCUGGUCAAACCGAGACCAAGGGUACUGUUCUUCUGCACAACGCCAAAGAGAUGAUGGAUUUCACAAAGGGUGAGGAAUCUCAACUUGAGACUUCCAUCAAGGAACUUUACGACUCCGGCCUCCGGGUUGUUGUUUGUGGUGAACGUGUCGGCGAUUUGGCGAUGCACUACCUGAAUCGAUUCGGAAUUUUGUGCAUCCGAAUUCUGAGCAAGUUCGAACUUCGAAGAGUCUGCCGUGUUGUCGGUGCCACCCCCCUGGCGAGGUUGGGGGCUCCUAUGCCCGAUGAGAUGGGAAGCAUCGAUGUCGUUGAGACCCUUGAGAUUGGUGGUGACCGAGUUACAGUCUUCCGACAGGAGGAUGAGGUUACUCGAACCGCUACCCUUGUGCUUCGAGGAGCAACUCAGAACCAUCUUGAUGAUAUUGAGCGCGCCGUCGAUGAUGGUGUCAACGUCGUCAAAGCCAUUACCCGCGACCCGCGGUUGGUUCCUGGUGCCGGUGCUACAGAAGUCGAGUUGGUUGAAAGGAUACAAGCUCACGGUGAGAAGACUCCUGGACUUAGCCAGUACGCGAUCAAGAAGUAUGGCGAGGCUUUUGAGGUUGUUCCCCGCACCAUUGCUGAGAGCGCCGGACUUGACGCCACUGAGGUUCUCAGCCGCCUUUACGCUGCCCAUGCCAACAGUGACGCUUGGGAUAUUGGCGUUGAUAUUGAGAACGAUGAUAACACUGGUACUAUCGAUGCCAAGGACGAAGGUAUUCUGGAUCUUCUCAUCUCCAAGCAGUGGGCCAUCAAACUUGCUACAGAAGCCGCACGCACCGUCUUGUCUGUUGACCAGAUCAUCGUGGCACGACAAGCUGGAGGACCCAAGCCCCCCGGACCCAACCCUAACUGGGACGAGGACUAA